AUGCUGGAAACGGAAGCAGAAGGUGAAAAUUGUGACAGGUUGCUGCCGGGGUGCACAGCCUGCAUUGAAGCAAAAGCCAAGUGUUGUCCACGAAGCGUCCAGUUGGGGGGCACCACAGAGGAUGCAAGCGGACUUUCCAAUGCUGCGCUUCCAGACUACAUUGAGACGCUUAAAAGAAAGGCGGAAGAUCUGGACGAUCAGUCUCGGCGUCGACGACCUCAGGCUGCACAUGAUAGCCCACAAGCCUCUCACGACACUCCUUUGACGGAGCAAACCAGUCUCACUGAAAGAUCGGUGCAGGCAGCUAUGGGAGAGAUUGAAUUUUUGUCCCGCAAUGCUAUGGCAGAGCCCCGUGGUGAGGCAAGUGGAUUUCCCCAGGAACUAGCAAUAGGAAACAUGAUAAAAGCCUCCCUUGCUAUUUCAGGGAAGGACCCAACACAGGCUUCAUGCCCUUUGUCUCAAAAGUCGAAGUACAGCAACAUGUUGGGACAGACCCCUACACUUACCAGAGAAGUUGUGGCUGAUUGUACGGGCCGUUUCUUUGGGCAUACCAAAGCCCUCUGCCCCUACAUUGACGAGGGUGAGAUGCUGGAAUAUCGUGACGGGUUCUUCGAUAGUAGCCAUGUGUCUCAUACAACUUCGUAUACCGCCUUCAGGGAUUUCAACGUGUAUAUGGCAACAGCUAUUGGGAUGCUGCUGUCUCCCGAAUCUGGCAUCGAACUGUUCGCCAGCAGUUUGCACAGCGCGGCCAUGCAGAGCUUCCCUACUAUCCUAGGCAGUAACGAUGACUUGAACAUGUUGCAUUCUAUGCAAUUGAUGAUCAUUUACUCAAUGUUCUCCUCGAUGGGGGGAUCCACAUGGCAUCUUGUUGGCCUCGCCAUGAAGAAGGCCAUAUCGUAUAGGUUCCAUAAAGAGCCGCUUUCCGACAUCGGAAUACCGGAGCAAAAGCUCAAUCGGAGAAGAAACAUAUUUUGGAACUUGUACAUACUUGAUAGUCCACCAGACGCGCUCGACUUUCCGGCGUACGUUGUCAUGUACGCUCGAUUAAUAUCUAAGAUGCGAGGCUCUUCACAUCAGCAAUCAAUUUUCCACUACGGAAGUUUCUCCUACUGGAGAGAUAUACCUAGGGGGGCGAUGGGUUCUAAUAUACCACCGACUUCCUCCAGAACAAUACGGCAGCUCACCUGUAGGUCCAUGGUCUGCCUGGCGCAAAUCAGUGGAUUUGAGCGAAACGCAACCAGGGUUUUUGGGACCACACAUACUAUUCGGCAGGAUAUAAUAAACACAUGUAGUGAAUAUAUCAGUAAUGAGUAUUUGGCGGUGGAGGAUGGCUGCUUCAAGGGAUCAUUCGUUGAUGCCUUCGAUAUCUUUUCUGCAGGCGUGGUUCUUAUCUGCCUGGGGAAUAUGUCGCCAGCUUCCGAUGUCCCGAAUGCAGCCAGUGUUCUCAACAAAUGUACUUCUCUCUUGACCCUUCUCGGAGAGAGAUUUUCGGCACUUAAAGCACUUUGCAGAGUGCUCUGGUGCUUGCAGGAGUCAGCAGACAUGAUGGCACCCAGCAGAGACGACGAUUUGUUAUCUUCCCGCCAAACGGUUGCGGAUAAGCCAACGGUGUACCUUCUUGACACGUUCCCUCCCAAGGCAAUCGAACAUGCCAAAACACUAUUCAAUAUUAUCCAGCCUCAAGAUGAAGAGUUCCAAAAUUGGAGAGAGAAUGCGCGCGCUUUGUUGAUCCGAAGUUCCUAUCUUACUGCCGAGGAUGUCGCCAGUUGCCCGAAUCUGAUUGCGAUUGGCAAGCACGGAGUAGGAAUUGACAAGAUCGACCAAAAUGCCUGCGCAGAAAGAGGCAUCAAGAUCCUCAACACGCCUGGGGCGAACGCACGCGAUGUGGCCGAACUGGUCGUUGCCCUUUCUCUGUCGGUUGCUCGUGGUAUCCGGUCCAUUACAACUCGCCAAAUGUCAAAGCCAGUCCCCAAGGAGACAUGUAACGGGCUGACGUUGUACCAAAAGACUGUCGGGAUUAUCGGCAUGGGAAAUAUCGGACGGACUGUUGCCGAGAUAUUUCGGGGUGGCUUUCAGACCGACAUCAUCGCAUACGAUGCUUAUAUGCCGGAGGAUAUAUGGACGCAUAUCCCGCACACCAGAGCCAGCAGCAUCGAUGAAGUCAUUACUCGGGCAGAUAUCCUCUCGGUCCAUGUCCCCCUGACCAAGGAGACACGAGACAUGAUUUCCUACGACAAGAUCUGCAUGAUGAAGCCGGAUGCCAUCCUUAUCAAUGCGGCUCGGGGAGGGAUUGUCAAUGAACAGGACCUCACAAGGGCAUUAUCCGAAGGCCGUCUCUGGGGUGCUGGGCUAGACUGCCACGAACAGGAACCUCCCAGUCAUGAGAGAUAUGGCCAACUCUGGGAGAACCUGAAUUCUGUGAUAUUUCAAUCUAAUAGAUACAUUCUUACAUUUCUGUCUAUGACCACUACUAUACAUAAAUCAUAUCUUAGCCUUCAAAACCCUCCACCCAACCACCCCCCUACAAUGCCACCUCACGACCUGCACAUUCCCCUCCAAGCUAUCCGUAAUAAACAACGUCCUCCCAUCCUCACCCCCAAACGUACAAUUCGUCAAAUUCUUCCCUCCAUCCUUCGCAGUAACAAUCCUCGCCUUCGGCACCCCCUCCUUAUCCACCACAAACACACACCCAAGACUCGGAUGACAUACAAACAAAUUCCCCUCCUCAUCCACAGCCAACCCAUCAGGCCCCGCACACCCAAACGACUGGAAAAACAGCCCUACCUUCGACAAUUCUGCCUCGUCAUAGCAACAUACAAGAACCGCUCAUCGGGAGACAAUACCAACCCAUUCGGAGAAAUCCCGUUCGACACAAGACAAUCUAGCUUCCCAUUGGGGGAAAGCCGGUACACGCACCCGGACGGAUCCGUCAUCCCCGUUUGGCCCUGGUCCGUGAAAUCGCCGUUGGCGGUAUACACUGGCCCCUCGAGAAAGAUAUCUGAUGCUGGGCGUGCCGAGCCGCUGCGCCACUCUGUUGGUUGGCCUGUGCAGCGGAGGUUGGGGGGGAUGCGGGUUCAAGUCAAGAUGGGUCUUAUUACUGAGACGAGAAAGGCUAUUCAGGAUGCUCCGAAGGGCAUGUUCAAUGCUUAUGUGUUGAUGUGUACGUGUGUGUUUGCGUUUGCUGGUGUGGCUAAGGGGUUUGAUGAAGACGAGUAUGCGAAUACGAAAGGAUGGAUUGUCUCUAUUACUACCGCUGGUGCGGUUUUUGGAUGUCUUGGUUGCCCUCGAAUCAACGAUCGAUUCGGACGACGAUGGACUUUUCGUCUUUCGACGCUCAUAUAUAUCGCAGGAAUUCUCGGGCAAGGUCUAUGCAACGGGAACCUGUCAGGGCUUUAUGCUUCGAGGUUUAUCGCGGGCUUGGGAUUGGGCGUGCUUACGAUUGUGCCGCCUAUAUAUAUUUCAGAGAUCGCACCGAAAACGAUUAGAGGUCUUCUUACACUGCAGCACGCUGCUUGUCAACAGCUAGGCGUUGUAUUCGGCUUCUUCAUCAACUACGGCGUGACAAAAAGCUACCCUGGCGGUGAUAAGCAGUGGAUGCUCCCUACACUGUUGCAACUCCUCCCGGCCACAAUAUGGCUUGUCGGGUCCUUCCUCUGCUGCGAAUCUCCCCGAUGGCUACUCUAUAAAGGCAAAAGGCACGAAGCUGCCACGAACCUCGUCAAACUCCGCCACCUACCCCUCGACCACCCUAUAAUAGUAGCCGAGCUAGCAGGCAUGGACGCCCAACUCCUCCUGGAAACCGAAUCAGUCGGCGAAGCCAGCAUAUGGGAGCUCCUAAAAGAGACACUCAUCCCAAUCGAAAACCGACGUCGCUUCUUCCUCAUCUUCAUGGCAAACCUCCUGUCCCAGUGGUCCGGAGCCAACGCCAUCACGCAAUACUCGCCCACGAUCUUCGGCUACCUGGGCAUAUCCGGCGACGAGUCGACCUUCCUGGCGACAGGAAUCUACGGCGUGGUAAAAUUCGCCAGUACCCUCGCGUUUGCCCUGUUCAUCGUUGACUUCAUCGGCCGUCGUCGAUCACUGAUUACAGGCAUCUCCCUACAAAUAGUCACACUAGUGUACGUGGGAGCCUACCUCGGCGCCACGAAGGACAUGACUGCAACCCAAAUCAGCAAUACCCCCAGUGCCUCGCGCGCAUCGACUGCAGCGAUAGUGGCUAUUUACAUCCACGCCGUGGCAUGGAGUAUUGGGUGGUUCGGGAUUCCGUAUCUUAUCGGGUCGGAGGUUUUCCCGAUUAGAAUCCGGUCAUUGAAUGUGUCCAUUUCGAUGGCUUUCCACUGGGCGUUUUAUUUUGGGUGUUCGAGGGCUAUGCCGAGUUUGCUGGCUGCUACGCAUCGCUGGGGCGCGUUUCUGUUCUUUGGUUGUAUUUGUGUGAUUGGGCUGGUGUAUGUGUUUUUUGCUAUGCCGGACACGACUGGGCGGUCGCUGGAGGCGCUGGAUAGUCUGUUUCAGCGGCCUUGGUAUACGGUGUAUCGGGUGGCUUAUCCGUCGAGUGAGGCCGUUCGGGUGGAGAGAGAGGAUGCAAAGUUGGGGGUGGAGCAUGUUGAGAGGGCAUGA